AUUGGACUCGUUAUCACCACUCCUAUCUUCUCGGCCGUUACCGAUUGUUUCUCCGUUUGCCGAUUCAUCGGAGGAAGUCUUCUUGUCAUCUACUAUCAAAUCCCUUUCNGUUUCUCCGUUUGCCGAUUCAUCGGAGGAAGUCUUCUUGUCAUCUACUAUCAAAUCCCUUUCAUUUUAGCCGUGGAAUUUGUCGGAACGGACUAUCGGUCAAAAACUUCAAGUUUAUCAGCGAUAGGCUAUUCCUUAGGGGGAUGUAUAUUACCGGGUGUGGUAUAUCUGACCGGUGACUGGGUUUGGUUAGCAGUGUUUCAAUUUGUGGCUACCCUUCCAUUUCUUCUAUGUUGGAGACUAGUGCCGGAAUCAGCCUCAUGGCUUAUCACACAAAAAAGGUAUUCCGAAGCCUAUGAGGUGCUGACCAAAGUGGCAAAAGUUAACGGACAGCCUGUGCCUAAAGACCUGAUGAUACAAAUUCAAGUAAUUCAUUAG